AUGGAUCAACAAUCUCUUGCCGCACUUUCUAGCCCCCCGUCCGUGCGAGCUCAAGAGACACACGGUCUGAAUGCACCCGGCGGCUCGGGGGGAGACAUGCAGAUAGGUUCUGGCCCUGAAGCCCCCACAGCCAAGGAGGGAGUUCUAUAUAUGCACGGGAUGACAGAAGCGGCACGGCAGUUAAACGAGGAAGACGGGAUUGGAAAUUACGUGGUAAAGGAUGUCAAGAUUCCCAAGGUGUGGAAUUGUGUGAAGUGCAAUGUCGUAUGCAAUCCAAAGAAAUGCGCAAAGUGCAAGCGAGUCGUCUACUGUAGCGCCGAAUGUCAGAAGGCUCACUGGCCCGACCACAAGGUUACUUGUAAGGCGCUCGCUCGCUCGGAUCGCCUUUUCGAGAAGGCAACGCUCAAACUCUCGACGCGCAUGUCUGGCGAUCGCGACUUCAUGGAGCACAUUGCCUCGAUAGUCUGCGCCCUACUGUCUCUGCAUGACAAGCCCGAGAAUGGUCGCACGCAGUCCGUCAACUUCUAUUGGGACCUUGUGCCUCUUAGAACACCAAGCGAGUACCGCCAAGACCGCCCUGCAAAAGAGCGCCUCAACAGCCGUGGAGAGCAACGCUACAUGCUUGAACUAGUUCGAUGCCAGGCCGAGCCCAUUGCGAAACGCCCUUUGAGCGAGCGGCAGAUCAUCAAGCAGCGCAUGGGUCCGUACAUGCAGCAAAUUCGGGCCAUGCUCCGCAGGAACGGUGAACCUGAGGAUGCGGCGGACAACGACUAUCAUGUGCCGAUCUACUUCUACUAUCACAAGCUCGACCAAGGUGGACAGGCUUCAAUGCUUUUGACAAUGAUUACCCCCACAAUCGCAGCGGCGAGGCGGAAAGCUGCGGUUCAAGAUAUGAACAAGCUUCGCUCCAUGUCCGGGAAGGAUGUGAGCGAGAAGGACUACAUCCUCUACGUCACCCGCAUCCUUAAUAGCCAGAUCGUGACUUCGCAAAGCGGCCGUAACUUUCGCACAAGCAUCAGUCUGGACGAGGCAGAAGACGACAAUGUAAACUAA